AUGCCCCGCGACGCAGACUUCCUCAGCCUACACGAGCUGCUGGUAAAUGAUGGGUUUGUUUGCAAGCUUGCUUCCUUUCGGAAACUGGGGGAUCUCUAUAUCAGAAAUCAGAAUCUGCCCGAUUCUGACGACAGCCUGAUGCAACAAGCUGGCUUUAAAGAGAAAGCCUAUGGCAUGCUUCCGUCUUAUCUGCAGCCGAUCCCUAUUCAAUUCCAGACGGGACAGUACAACUAUACCAACACUGUGUGCAGCACCGCCUUGAAACUUUGUUCUGCCGCGCCGGACAAUUACAACAAGAUAUUCCAGGACAUGGAGGUAUUGAGGCAGGACCCCGACAACAACAGCCUUCAGGACAAGGUCCAGAACGAGAUCAACAAUCGAAAGUACAAGAUUAACAUUCUUAAAGACCAGGCGGACGCCUGGAGCUCGAAUCUCCGAGCUUACAGCCUGGAUGCAGAGGAUUGUGAGACCAAGGUGCAUCAACUGGCUGCCCCUUUCCAGGGAACGACCUUGGCAGACAUCUUGAAAGAUGAGAUAUCCGAUCCUGAGGACCUCCAGAUGGACCUUAAUACUCUGGAUUGGACUAAGAAUCUGCUUGAGGGUUUUGCCAUGAUUGAUGACUUGCAGGAUUCACUGCAGGAGGUACAGAAGAUGGCUGGAGGUGCAGGCCUUAUUGCAGACGAUAUAGCCGUGCUGCUGAAGUACAUCAAGGAUCACCUGGAUCCGGAUAAUAACCCUCUAGAUGGCCUGGUAGAAGCGACCCUUCUGCGAAAAUGGAAGAACCUGGAGAAAGACGGUAUGUCAAGGGCCCGAUAUACCAACUCUGUUUUCUUCAAUGAUUUCCUGGAUGCAUACAAAAAGUAA